UAUAAAUAAAGCAGCCUAUCCUCUUGCUUAAAGCAUAACAUUUCAUAGUUAGUUUACUUUUUACGUUUAGCAAAUUAGAUAAGAAAACCAUGUUGUCGUUAAGUCCCCCUAUUACACUAAUAACUUGUCCACCAAAGACUACAACCAACCCUACCCAUGCUUCUCGUUCCCAAUCACGCCGGCUCCCCUCACAACCCAUGAUCAUUAUCAAACGUGGCACUACGGUUGCUGGUUCGAUUCCAAAUGCGGACAAGGCGGAAGGAAGAGCUUCCAUAGACGAAGACUUGCUGGAAGUAGAGCUGACGCAGACAGAGUUGAGGAAGGAGAUGAUUCCGAAGCAUGUGGCGGUGAUUAUGGACGGAAAUGGGAGGUGGGCAAAGAUGAGAGGGUUGCCGCUGUCGGAGGGACACACAGCCGGCAUGCAGUCGCUGAAAACGAUGGUGAAAAUGUGUUUGAGAUGGGAGAUAAAGGUUCUCACUAUUUUCAUGUUUUCUACUGAUAAUUGGAUUCGCCCCAAGUUAGAGGUUGAAUUCUUGUUCAGCCUGCUUGAGAGAAUAAUAAACUCUGAAACUGAAGCAAUCAUGAGAGAACAAAUUAAAAUAUCUAUGAUUGGAGAUUCAUCAAAGCUCCCCAAGUCACUCCAGAGAAUGAUAAGUAGUGUUGAAGAGAGCACCAAGAAUCAUUCAAAACUCCAACUUAUUGCGGCAAUUAACUAUGGUGGGAAAUAUGAUGUAGUCCAAGCAUGUAAAAGUGUGGCCAAGAAAGUUCAAGAUGGUUCUCUUCAUUUAGAAGACAUUGAUGAAAACAUUAUUGAAAAGGAAUUGGAAACUAAGUGCACUGAGUUUCCUAACCCGGAUCUACUAAUACGGACUAGUGGAGAACUUAGAGUUAGUAAUUUCAUGUUAUGGCAAUUGGCAUAUGCAGAACUUUUCUUUAAUCAAAAACUUUGGCCAGAUUUUGGAAAGGAUGAAUUUGUAGAGGCCUUAAGUUUCUUUCAAAAGAGACAAAGACGUUAUGGUGGACGACAUUAAUUCAUCUCCAUAUAUCAAGUGAUAUUGUUGUCUUAAUCAUUAAGUUCUAUGAAUAAGAUUUCUUGAUAAUCUAAA